AGCAGGACUGCCAGAUGUGAAGGGGAAAUCCCCAAUAAAUUGUUGCAUGUGACUGAUGAUGUGAGCAUGUUCGUUUCAUAAUAAAAAUGUUGCCAGGUAACCAAAAAGUCGUAUGUUUUUGUGCGAAUUACGAUCAUAAUCUUUACGAUCGUACAUUAAAAAAUAGACAAAUAAUAGUAUGAGUACGAUUUAAAUCGUAUAUCUGUCAACCCUGCUAGCAAGACAGCGACAAAAUCACGUUGCAUAACAAUGUAGCCCAAGCUUAUAUCUUAUGAAAUAUACGGAAGAGAUACGGACUUAGAAAAAACAGAAAUGUUGUUCUUUGUGGAAGUCAUUGAUGAAAUUCUAUGUAUUUUAGCCCGCAAACUUUCUUCAAACAAAAACAGCGCCAUCUAGUAUCGAGUUCUGUAAUUAUCUCUUUGUUUAUGGAUUUGAAGUAAGACCGCCACGCAUGCAAUACAUUAUGACUGGGGAUUCCCCUAUUCGUCGACGCUGAAUAUGAGGCGACGACAAUCACUGUCAAACGUGUUCACUAUUACUCUGACUCUGGUAACGUGACUUCCUGGUAACGUGUUAGGUAGGAAAAGCAGUAAAAAAGUGCAUAUUAAUGGAGCAGAUUUGAAAUAAUAUUUAUACUUAACAAGAAAUAAUUAAAGGUUCAAUGGGGAGACCUAAAGAUUUACGCAUAUGGGAGCACUACCGUACUUUACCAAACAAGUCUGUUUCUUGCAAGCUUUGUAAUAAGGUCUACAAAUUCAGUAAUGCUGCCAAAAUGCUUCAACAUCUUAUCACUUGUCCAAAAUCUCCAGAAACAUUAAAAGACUCUAUGAAACUUAUAAAAGAUAGCUCGUCCAAAACCAAAAUGUCUGGACUGUCAGAGAUAGAGACAAAUGAUUCUUUUAUAAGCCCCUCGUCGUCUGCUAACACUACAAUAAAUGCUGAGUUUCAAGACACCGAUGAUCAUAUAAAAACAGAAUUAGCGAGAGCUAUAUUUGUAACAGGGACGCCAUUAUCGAUGGUGCAACAUCCUUUAUGGAUACAAUUUUUCGAAAAAUUGCAACCAAAAUUUAAAAUACCUUCACGUAAAGCUUUAGCGACAAAAUACUUAGAUAAAAUAUAUAGAGAAAUGCGUUUUGAGUUAAAUGAGGAACUAAAUGCUUGUAGUUACUUACACCUUCAGUGCGAUGGCUGGUCUAAUUUAAGAAAUGAAGGAAUAAUAAACUUUCUUAUAUCAAAACCUCAACCUGCAUACGUUAAAAGUUUGAAUACAGAAAGUAAUCCUCACACUAGUGAAUACCUUAGCCAAGAAGUUGAAAAAGUAAUGAAAGUGUAUGGAGCAAAUAAGUUUCUUGUACUUAUUGGCGAUAACGCUAGAAAUAUACAAAAGGCAUUCGAAUUAACAAAACUCAAAUAUCCACAUGUUGUUCCUCUCGGUUGCUGUGCACAUAUCCUUAACUUGUUGUGCCAAGAUAUUGUAAAGAUACAAGAAGGAACUGUGUUUAUUAUGCAAGCCAUAAAUAUAAUAAAAACUGUUAAAAGGAGUCAACGAUUAAGUUCCUUGUUGAUAAAAUCAAGGCAGGGUGAAGAUUCUACACAAACACUAAAAUUGCCUUGUGCUACAAGAUGGGGAAGUCAUGUUACUUCGUUAAAAAGUUUGAAAGCAAAUAAGAUAGCUUUGCAAAUAUUAACAGUUAGAGAAGAUGUGGUAAUUUCAAGAGAUAUUAAAGAUUUAAUUCUAAGUGAUGAUUUCUGGACGAAGACAGGGGAAUGUAUAAGUAUUUUGGAACCAGUCACUGAAAGCAUAUUUUACUUAGAGAGCGACCAGAAUCGUUUGCAUCGCACAUACGAGGUCUGUCCGGAAAGUUCGUAUAAAAGUGUUCUGGAAUGCGAGAAAGAGGAGUGGGGAGGCCAGGUAAGCGCAGGACCCCUUCCUUAUGUCCCUAACAAUGCUUCAGUUCUGGUCUGACCGCCGUGCGGUGUCGACUUGUC